AUAUUGCUUGUGUGGCGAUCCUUGCCAAAUCGAUAGUCAAGUUGAAGAUGCAUAGAGGACGAGGUAGGAGACUCAACCCUGGCUUCCAGGCGAGGGCAGUGACUACCAGUGGUGUCUCAGAGGCCCUUCUCAAGCAGGCCAGACAGAGUGGACAACUGAACCUCUCAAAUAGAUCCCUAGAGAGUGUACCCUCAUCGAUAUGGCGACUCAACCUGGACCCUCCUCCCGAUAGCUCAACAACGUUUGGAACUGCCGGAGAUGAUCGUUGGUGGGAUCAGGUGGACCUGGUGAAGCUGAUACUCGCUGAUAACCUUAUCCGUGAGCUCUCGGAGGAGAUACAGCACCUGCCCGCACUGACUGUGCUCGAUGUACAUGACAACCGAUUGACUAGCCUCCCGGCAGCCAUUGGAGGAUUGGAAAACCUCAGCAAAUUAAUACUCAGUCACAACAGUCUACCGUCCCUCCAACCGGCCGUCACUGUCCUCACAAACCUCAAACAGCUCAAACUGGACCACAAUGCUCUCUCCGAUCUCCCUGACAACCUGGGGCAGCUGCUACACCUCGAUGAACUAGACCUCUCCCACAACAAACUAACAACGCUACCGUCUUCCAUUGGAGAGAUGAGAUCACUCAAAACCUUAUCAGCCUCACAUAACCAACUGACCUCCCUGCCAGAAUCACUCGGGAAACUAAGAGAGCUGAAGACGCUGUCAGUAAGCAACAACAAAGUGUCAGAGUUUCCACCGUUGUCCAGUGUGUUGAAGCUGGAGGUGUUGGAACUGCAAUACAACCGUCUCACAACACUGCCUCAGGUCCUGCCCGGGACAUCACUGGUGCAACUUCACUUGGGCUUCAAUCAGCUGACUAAAAUUGAUAUGGACAAAAUAUCAACUUUGACCUCUCUCGUGCACCUUGACCUCCGAGACAAUAAGAUUCAAGUUGUACCUGAUGAGAUUGUUAAACUGACCACUCUGGAACGAAUGGACCUCACCAACAACAACCUAUCAAUGCUGCCGUAUCUGAUGGGGAACAUGCCUCGACUCAAGAGUCUGAUGUUGGAAGGUAACACACUGCGUGGAAUCAGGAGAGAUAUACUCCAUAGAGGGACAACGGAAGUGUUGAAGUAUCUACGCAGCCGAAUACCCUCUGAUACGCCCAUGGAGGAGCCGCAACACCACAGUACAAAGUUCACUCCCACCAAGCAACGAUCGUCCGGGCAAGUCACCCCUCCAAUCUCAAAGAUUGACAGUGGAGUGGGUGAUCUUGGUCUCUCUCCAGAGAAGAAAAAACUUGACCUCUCCAAAAAAUCGCUCUCCAAAUUUCCAAUGGAAGUUUGUGAGCAUCGCCAAAUCAUUGAUCUCGCUCUCGGCCACAACAAACUAACAGCGGUACCUCCGGAGAUAGGUCAGCUGACUCGCAUCACAGUACUGGACCUACGCAGCAACCUGCUCUCUUCCCUCCCCCCCGAGCUAGCCGAGUGCUCGAGACUGGUGGAUGUUGUCAUCUCAUUCAAUAGAUUCACAGAGCUACCUUCUGUACUCUGCAGACUGGGGAAACUGGAGAAUAUCAUUGCUAAUGAUAAUCAGAUCAACUCCAUAGACGUCACUCUCCUGAGUCAAAUCCCUGGGCUCGCUUGUUUGGACCUGCAGAACAACAGUAUUGGGCAGGUACCACCACAACUUGGGACUGUCACCACGCUAAAGCACCUGCAACUUGGAGGAAAUUCAUUUAGAGUGCCCCGUGCUGCUAUUCUCGCUAAAGGCACGGAUGCUAUAUUGGAGUACCUUAGGGACAGAAUGCCUACUUCCUAGAGACUAUCGCCAAUCAUAAUAUGAACUGUUGUAUGUGGUACAUGAUAGAUUUGUGUUGUACUAGACUAUAGUCUAACUUUGAGUUUUAAUGCAUCUGUGUGUAUGGCUUUAUGUGUUAUUAUAAAUUGUA